AAAACAUGAAAAUCAAACGUGAAAAUCACGAUGAUGGUCCCCACUCAGAGAAACGUAGCCGACACGGUGAUGAUCAAGUUCGCAUCUUGAUACCCAGUAAUAUUGCCGGUGCUAUUAUAGGCAAAGGAGGCCAACACAUUCAAAAAAUGCGCACACAGUAUAAUGCCACUGUGUCUGUCGACGAUUCCCAAGGCCCCGAACGAACAAUUUUGAUAUCAGCCGAAUUGGAUGAUACCAUCUCAAUUAUCACGGAAAUGAUGAAAUACUAUGAAGAGCGUGAUUGUGAAUACGAUGUGCGUCUACUCAUUCAUCAGAGUCUGGCCGGAUGUAUCAUCGGCAAGGGUGGCCAAAAAAUCAAAGAAAUUCGUGAUAAAAUUGGCUGUCGCAUUCUGAAGGUCUUCUCCAAUGUGGCACCGCAGAGUACAGACCGUGUUGUCCAGACGGUGGGCAAACAAAAUGAGGUUAUUGAUGCCAUACGCGAGGUUAUUACGCUGACACGAGAAACACCCAUCAAAGGUCCCGUCCACAACUAUGAUCCCCUGAAUUAUGAUCGCAUGUAUGCCGAUGAAUAUGGCGGUUAUGGCAAUAUUCCCGGCAGCAGUCGUCCCUCCAGAGAUGGUGGUCGUCGUGGAGGCGGUGGUGAUGAUAGGGAUUAUGGCCGUGGUGGUGGUGGACGUCAUGAUGAUCGUAGCCGCAGUGGUGGCCGGCGCGAUAAUCCAUUUGUAAAUCCAUGGGCCGCGGAUGAUGGUGGUUACAAUGGAGGCGGUGGAAGUGCUGGUUAUGGUGCUGGCGGAGCGGCCGGUUAUGGUGGCAGCAGUGGUGGCGGUUUUGGCAAUAGCUUUGGUGGCGGUGGUGGAGGUUUUGGUAAUGCUGCAGGUGGUCCCAUGCCGGUUAAUAACUAUGGUGGAGGUGGCUAUGGCAGCCAGGGUGGUUUUGGUGCAGGCAAUGCUGCUGCUGGUUAUGGUGGUGGCGGCUUUGGUGCUCCCGCAAAUCAAGGAUAUGGCGGCGGUGGUGGCGGCAUGAAUCAGGCAGGUUUUGCUGGCGGUCCAGCCAUGGGUAAUGGCAUGGGAGGUGGACCUGCCCCCGUGUUUGGCGCCAAUGGUAAUGUACCCAAUAACAUUACCGGUACUCUACCCGAGGGACAUGAUCCAAAGAAUAGUACACAGGUUUCCAUACCAAAAGAGAUGGCCGGUGCUAUUAUCGGUAAGGGUGGCAGUCGUAUACGUCGCAUACGUAACGAAUCGGGUGCUUAUAUAACAAUUGAUGAACCCCUACCUGGUUCUACAGAUCGUAUUAUUACCAUUUCUGGUAAUCCCAAACAAAUACAAAUGGCCCAACAUUUGUUACAGCAAAGUGUCCAUGAAAAUCAACGUAAAAACUUCUAAGUAACAGUUUUGAAAUUCCUUAAUAUAAACAAACAAGCAAAACAAACAACAAAACAAGAAAAAAUAAUUAUAUUUUUAAAAAUUAUAUAUAUAUAUAUUAAGUAAGAGCUCCACCAAAAUAUUCUAUAAAUGUCCCCCUCCCUCCCUAACCUUCACGAAAGAAACUCUUAAUUGGAAGAAAUUCAGAAAGAAGAAACAAAUACGAAAUUCUCCCUCCAGCACUUCAACAAGUUCCAGCAUCCAUCAUCUUCUAGCCAGCCACACAUCGCCACAUUACAAAGUUACAUGGAGGUAUUCGAUUGAACCAAACCUACAAACUACGCUAAUUGUAAGGAUCACAACUAAAGGAAUUUAUUGAAAAGGAAUCGAUAAUUAACAACUACUUAUACACAUAAUUAUAUAAAAAGUUCAAAGAGCCAAAAUAAAUUCUGCAUAAAUCAAAAGCAGAUUAGCCAAAAACAACAAACAAUUUGAGAGCAUCUGUUUCUUCCUUUCCAAAAAAAAAAAAAAAAAAAAAAAAAACAAAAUUAAACAAA